GAGACGCGGGCACGGUGGUUGAGUCCGGCCCGACAGUCCGCGUGUUACCCCCAGCACGUAAAGCAGGGCCGCGUUUUCUCGGCUUCCGGUCACUCUAUCUGAUACGCGCCAGAAACCCACGCAGAGAGAACCGUCCCGGAACGGUUGCGGGAGUGACUGACGGCUCGGCGGUGUCCGCGUCUCGGACCCCCGUUCGCGCCGGGCUCUGCCCAGUGAACCGGAAGUGACUGACACACUCGUGCCGCCUCCGACAGUCACCGUGACAUUCAACUGGGAACGUGCACACGGAGGAGGAUCUUGCUUCGAAUCUUGUGCAGAUUACGAGCGAACGGGAAGAAGGAGGAACGACCGAUGCGGAGGUGGAAGAAGAAAUCGUGGGUCCCGGCCGGCUGAUCCAGCCACCCAGCACUCGGUGGCCUGAGUGCUGGAGCAGAAGGCCCACGGGGUCGCGGUAGGGGGCUGCGGUCCCGCGAACUCCCGCCGGGAGGUUCGAGAUUGGCGGGCAUUAGGGAGUGGGCGUUCCGAGGGACCCGGCAAAUGUGGCUCUGUGUACGGUGAGCCGGGGUUACGGGGGCCGCGGGGCCCGUGGCGGUGGGGGUAGAUCUCGUGGCGAGGCAAGCGUGAGGCUACCCCUGAGUCCUCGCACUCUGUGCGCCCCUGGGGCCGGAGGAGGCGCACAUGCUCACGCUCAGGGCGCUGGACCCGCCGCAGCUGCGACUGCGGCGACCGGCCCUCCUGGAAACAACCCUGCCGGCGAAGAGGGGUCCGGCCUUCCGGACGAGCCGAUGGUACAAGUCGAGAGGGCGGCGCAACAGGGUACCUGGAUAUGCUGCGUGCCGUGUUACUGGCUCCGAAGAAGCAAAGCGGUGCACAAGGCGCUGCUCACGUUCGCGAUGCUGCUGGUCACCAGUCUGCUCGUCACCAGCCCGGUCCUCUUCCUCAUCACCACGCUGCCGGAAGGGGAGCAGCCGCGUGAAUGUUCGCCGCUGGACGAGGCUUGCAUCAGGGAGCGGGACGGUCCGGAGGGUGUCUGCGAGUCGAAAGCCUGCGAGGAGGCCUCGAAGCGGAUGGUGGCGUUCAUGAAGAAGGGGGUGGAUCCUUGCAAGGACUUUUAUCAGUUCGCGUGCGGCGGUAUACGCGACCAGCAGCCGUACCAGCCGAGCUCGAGCUUCAACAUGCUUCAGGCGAGGAUCGACGAUCAUCUUCACAAGAUGCUGGCGAACAAUACGGGCCACAUGGUUGGUGUGUUCGAGAAGCUGGGCAUGUUUUACAGCGACUGUUUGGCAUUCAAGGAGAAGCCCGUCAAUUUUACACCCGUUUACGAGCUGCUACGCGAACUCGGCGGCUAUAUACCCCCGAGGAACAUCGCGCCGGCCGACAUCACGCCGCUGGUGUCGAGGCUGUUGAGGGUGAACGGCGCGCCGCUCUUCGACUUCUACGUGGACGUGGAUCUUUACGAUCGCUCCAGGUCCUCGGUUUUCCUGGACCUGCCCACGAAGCACCACGAGGACGCGUUCUUCGCGGAGAACCUGGACGAAAGGUUGCGAUGGGCCAAGACGUUCGCGGCCACGGAGAAGCAGAAGCGGUCGGUUCAUGAGGAAAGUCGGGCUUACACCAUGAUCAGGAACAAGAUGGAGGAGCAGAGGUCGCGGAAGAUACGGAAGAUCGUCGAGGGCCUCCUACCGAAGACUAUGGACCCGAAGGAUCGGACCACGGAGACCGAUCUGCUAUUGCAAUUUUGCUUGUCCCUCAGCAAGAUCUAUCCGAAGCACAAGGACCUUUACAACUGGGUGGACGUCGAUCAAAGAGUCUACGUCCCUUUCAACAUGUCCUAUCUCCAGGAGAGCUUCGGUUAUAUAAGGUGGGGGACGCUGCUGAACGCCACUCUAGGCGCUGCCACUGCCGAUCUCUACAAUCACAGCCGCAACCGGGAUCGAUCUGCUUACGGCUACGAGGACCAGCUGGUCUACGUUUACGUCACCGCUCCCCGUUACUUCCGCAGCCUCGGGAAACUGCUGAAUCGCUUCUCCAGAAGGAUCAUUCACAACGGGCUGUUGCUGCUGUACGCGACGGACACCCUGCACGAUAUCGUGAACGUGACCGCGAGCAAGAAUUGGGAAUUGUCCUGCUUCAAGCUGACCAAGGAUGUGUUCAGUGAGAUCGUGGGCGCGCUUUACGUUCAACAAUACAGCCCUCAGCAUUUGGACACGUUGACCAACAGGGUGGGAGGGCUGUUCGAGCGUGUGAAGGAAACAGUGGCCGAGCGGAUCUUAGUGAAGUCCUGGCUGGACGAGGAGACCAGGACCCAGGCGCUGCUAAAACUGAACUCGUUAAAGGGUAGAUUUCACGUGUGGCCUGGUUUCUACAACGAGAGCCUGCUGGCCCGCGAAAUGACCGAGGUGAAGAUCGAUCCUGGCGAUUUUUUCCACAGCACGUUGAUGCGUUUCCGACAAAUCCGCACGGUGGACGACAAAGUGCUGAGGAGGAACGUGACCGAGAAACGCCGUUACCCUUACAGCGUGAACGCUUACUACGAAUCUUCGACGAAUACGAUUGGUAUCCCAUUGGCGAUGAUGACGGCCUGGUCAUGGUCUUGGGACGGAGGGCCAGCGUACGCAUCCCACGCGACCCUGGGCUCGGUGAUCGGUCACGAGAUUCUCCACGCGUUCGAUCUCCACAGGCGUCGGCUGCCGCUAGAUCCCGAUCUGAACGUCGAUCAGUGGCUCUGGAUCACUCCGGAGUCCUGGAAGAGGCUGGAGGCGAGGAUCGAGUGCGUCGCGAGGCUCUACGCCAGGAGCUUCUGGAAGAAGGUUCAGUUUUACGGGAACGACGUCGCGGUACAAUUCGACUGGAACGUGACGAGAAACGAGAACGUGGCGGACAUCGGAGCCUUGCAGAUUUCUUAUAAAACUUGGCACACUUUGACGAACGGGAAGGAUCGAAGUCUUCCCGGAUUCGAGGGACUUCGGCCGAGCCAGCUUUUCUUCAUAAGCGCCGCCCAGACUUAUUGUUCUAAUAUGACUGCCGAGGCCUAUAUUCUAUCCGUUGAACUCGAUUACCACACACCUCAGCCUGAAAGAGUCAACGGCAUAAUGAUGAACUCCCAAGCGUUCGCGGACGCGUUCCGCUGCCCGAUCGGAACCAAGAUGAACCCCCCGAACAAGUGCACCACUUGGUGAUGAUCAGGCGCGGAUAAUCGUUCGCCGAUUAAGUCAGACUUCAUCCAUCAAGAAAAACCAAAAAAACAAAACCACAGUUUGUCGAUCAUUGGGACUCGGCUCGGAACUUGCGGCGUCUUGCAGUUUGGGACCCAAGUGACGAGAUGGGUCAACUAUUUUUUCAGCAUCUGUCGAGCGAUCCUGCGCUGGAGGGAAUCGGUUCAAGUACAAACAGAAGGAUCAAUCGACCGGUUAACCGUGGAAAUUCACUGUGAAGAUAUCGUGGAUUCUAUGCCAACGAUCGGAGAGCAAUGGUGAACAGCUGUCCUCGAAACUUGUACGACUUCGAUCGCGACGCAAGAAGAAUCGAUCGAGAUUGGAUUGGCUUGUUACGAUGUUUCUGGGGUGUUUCAUGGACGGACGACUGCGCGGGAGCCGAUCUCCAUUCGGUGGUCGACGCAACACUCGUUUCAAAACGCGCCAUUAACGUUAAUAUCUCUCCCCUACGACGCUUUAGAGGACCUUAGAUUUACUCUAGUGAAAGCAAUAAAUUAUACGGAACA